AGUUAGUUACCUUGGUUUACUGAAACUGUUCAGCCGAAGUCCAAAAAUUGAAGGAAGUGUUGUUUUUAGAGCGUUGGAAGUAGUAGGUGGUGAAGAAAAGUUGACUUCUCACUGGUUUUUGAAGGAGUCGCGUCGGUCCGUCAUGGAGUUUGGUGAAGAGUCGUCGCCCGCUCUGGCGUUCGAGAAAGACGCGUUUGAGCUCACGGUCGAAGAUGUGUACGACAUUUCCUAUGUAAUCGGACGAGAUUUGUUGAAAAUAAGCAGCAGCGGGGAAGAAGUGUCGGAUUUACAGUUCAGGAUAGUCCGAGUUCUGGAAAUGUUUGAGACUUUGGUCAACAAGUACAACUUGUCUCUGGAGGAGCUGAAAAUGGAGCGGGACAACUUGAAGAGCGAACUGGACCGGAUCAUUCAGGAGGGCUCCUCCGGGCAGGGCACGCCAACAGCGGGACCGAACCAGCUGGUGGUGGAUCUGACGGACCCCAACAGACCGCGUUUCACCAUGCAGGAGCUGAAGGAGGUUCUGCAGGAGAGGAACCAGCUCAAGGCCCAGCUCAUGGUGGCUCAGGAGGAGCUGCAGCUCUACAAGAGUGGGAUUCUGCCACAAGCUGAACCAGCCAUGGUCGAGGUGGAUCUGGAGACACCAGCAACUACAGAGCACAGUCCAGCCACGAUAAACGACACAAAAGAGGAGAAGACAACCAUAAGCAAACUGUUUUCAUUCAGGCGAAAAUGAGAAAAACCUCUCACAAGAACUGACCAUAUAGAGGACAAACGGGAUUUGUCGGCACAAUUUAACCACUUUUCUACUUCUUUUUUUCUAAUAAUGUUUAUUUUCAAUCUAACAAGCACUAUAUUUUGUACUGCUAAUUUUAACCUGAUAUGGUUUAUAGUAAUGUAGAGUUUCUGAAGCAGGAAUCUAAAUUAUGUGAAAAGAAAAUAUUGCAAGGAAACUGGAAAGUAUUAUCUAACUAGUGUUGAGCUUGUUAAGUGUUUUCACUCAAAAUGGAAUUAUUUAUAGUCUUAAAAAAUAUUUUUAUGAACCAAAAUGAAGUUUCCAUGUGGGUCCAGUCAUGUAAAACACAUUUUCUAUCACUCUAAUUCAUCAAAUACAGAUAAAAGGGCCUCAUGUCCAACAAAAUCUAAGAAUAAAAACGUGAUUACAUUUUGAA